AUGACGGAAGCCAAAGACAUCUCCAUGGCGACAGAGGAAGUCGAAAACCCCGCUCCUGUCAAGGCCAACCCCUCAAACCCGGCGUCUACGCCUCGCAAGCGCGGCCGCAAGAAGGCCAGCGAAAACGAUACCACCACCAACGGAGAGGACAACGAGGGCACUCCCACCAAAAAGGGAAAAACAGAAAAGGCCAAGGCAGGAAGAGGCUCGAAGAAGGGGGCAAACAACUUGGGCCCGAUCCCCACGACUCUCGAGGCGGCCUCUAUCCUCGACAAAAUGAUCUUGCGUAUGAGAGAUGACGAGAACCGGGGCUGGGCGGAUAUCACUUCCGCUUGGACUGCUAUGACGGGUACCCAGAUUGGAAGCACCACGCUCCGAAUGCGCUAUACGACCAUGAAGACUAACUUUGUUUCGAUUUCCGGGUCGGAUGAAGCCAGACUUAUCAAGUUCAAGAAAGAAAUCGAAGACAGGUUCGAGCAGGAAAAGUGGCACAAAAUCUCGGAGUCGAUCGAAGCGGAUGGCGGAAGUAAAUACCCCCUUGCUGCCCUGCAGAAGAAAUACAAGGAGUUGAGCAAGAACUCCAAUGGGGCGGAACCGGUUUCCAAUAACGAGGAGUGA